UGAAGUUUUCAAUAUUUGUAAACAAAAACAUAUAACCGCAGUUAAUUUGUUGCAUACAGUUUUGUUCAAAAUUUCUUACGCUAAUGCCGUUUAAAGCUUGUAAUUUAUAACGUUCAAAACCACUAACAAAACAAUUCAGUAGGUGUCAUGGCAGCGUUCAAUUUAUCCACUUUCCCGGAAGUCUGUCGGCUCUGUCUACAAUCGAAGCACCCGGACGAACUUAUUUCGAUAGAAACCGAACGUCCCCCGUACAAUACAAAAAUGGUAGAUUUGUUGGAGGAACUAACGUUCAAAAUACCAGCGAGCGCAGUCCACUAUUUUCCAUCUGAGGUAUGUGCUAUGUGUUUGGAAGUGUUCGAUUUUUUCUGCAAGUACAAACACAAAAUUCAGCAGAUUCAUCGAUUUCUGUUGGCUUUCGUUGAGGUCAAACUGGGCAAAACUGAACCCCUAAAGCAGUUGUUUCAAGAGCAUGGUGAAUCUUUAGAGGUUUUGUUUAAAGACCUGGAUAUCUGUAAUCGAGAUGUACUACAAGUGGAAGAUAUACUUGAGGAAUAUUCACACUACAGAAUAGCUUCACUUCCGAUUGUAAAAAUCGAAAUCGAUGCAGAAGAAGAGCAGGAGGAUGGAGGAUCACAUGAACAGCUAUGUAAUGUGGAGAUUCUUGAAUGUAACAAAAAUGAGAAGGAUUUUAUGGGUUCUUGUACUGAAAUAUCGGAAGAGGUAAAAAAAGAGAUAGCUAGAACGUCACCCAUUUCAUUGCAAGAACUGCCACCAGAUGAUGAGGACAUGGUUUACAAUAGAUCUGAUGAUGCGGACGACUUGGCUGAUGAUACAACAUUAGAUAUUGCUACUCAAGAUGAACAGGUGGAACAUUGUUCUGGAGAUGCAAUACCUGUUCGAAGACCGAGUGCCUUGAAUUGUGAUAAAUGUUGCUUUAAAACUCGUCAUCAAGAAGCACUUAAUGCCCAUCGUAGACGCCAUGUACUGUACGACCAUAUGGAUGGAAUUCAUUGUUCUAAUCCGUCGUGCUUGAAAGCGUUCCCUGAUCAGCAGCAGUAUGACAAGCAUCUCAAAGAAGGCGUUCACAAGCAACAUGUCUGCGAUAUUUGUGGAGCAUCGUUGAAGCACAAAUAUUCGCUGGAGGUUCACCUGGCGCGUCAUGCAGGAAUACCGCAGUUUCAGUGCCAAUACUGUUCUUCACCGUUCUACACCAAGACGGAAAUGCGAAAUCACAUCACAUCGAUUCACACUGCUGGAAAAAUCUGUGAGUGUUCCAAGUGUGGAGCAGUGUUCAAAAAUAAUAAGCUGCUCAAACAGCAUCUGGAGUCUCACGUGGAGGCUCGUAACUUUAAGUGCAGUACAUGCGAUUUCGCUUUUAAAACGGUACAUCAUCUGAGGCGACAUGUCGCUACCGUCCACCAGGAAGUGCGGUUCCACUGCGAACGCUGUGAGAUGUCGUACGGACGGAAGGACAAACUGAGGAUGCACAUGGAGCGGGAACAUAAUGUUCAAUCCUACUUUUACUGUGACAUCUGUCUGCGAUCAUUCAAUGGCGAGUCGGCUCUUGAGAAACAUAAAGGUCAUCACGCCGCACCAAAACCGUUGGAAUGUGGCGUGUGUCUUAUCGCUUUCGAGGACAGCCCGUCAUUCGAGCAGCAUCUUUGCAUUAGCUACCGACAAGACUAUAUAUGUUGUGGAAGAGAUUUUAAGUUUCAUGUACACUACAAUCGUCACAUGAUUAAGGAACAUGGGGUGCAUUCGAACGUGCGGGUUAAGCCGAAAAGUGGACAGUUGAUCGGACAAAUGCGGGCUAAUCGGAGACAACGGCUGAUACGUUGUCGGAGGUGCGCGGAAAUUUUCCAAUCUGUAGCGGAACGCAAACAGCAUAACGUUAGUUGUAAAAAGACGCAUAAGUUGAAGAGUGCUGCUGCUGUAGUUUCGACCAAGAGGCGGUCUAGUGAACCGUCGAUACAGGUGAGUGAAAUGGGCGAGGAAGAGUACUUGGUAGAAGAUGAAGACGAUAUGCAGAUGGACUCGGAAUAUAUUUUAACUGAAGAGACAUAAUCGAAAACAAAAAAAGCUACAAAGUGUAAACUGAUGACUGCCCUGUGAAGUCGUCGUGAACGGGUAACCCACUAAAACAAGUAGUAAGUAUUUCUAGGUAUACUCAUCUUGUACUACACUUGCUGGAUUAAUGGAUAAGGAAACCAUUGGGGCUAUGUUUUUUAGAGAUUUAUUUUUAAUCAAGAAAUUCAUUCUAUUAUAAUUGAAAAUUUCAUAACAAUACUUUCUUUCGCAGCUAAAGCCAGCCUAAAUCAUUUCAUUCAAAUAAAUACACAAUAAAUAAAUUAUUAAAUAUAUAAAUAAAUAAAUUAUUACAACAAAUAGUUUACCGGAAGUGCCUGCGGAUUGCGCUCCUGGUAAACUAAAGCUAUGACAACAAAGAACUACAACGCGUUUUUUCUCACUCAACCGCGCCGUAUUUGGUUGAACUGUGCUAUAACGAUUGCGACUGGCUUUAUUAAAUUUGUACAUACGAAUGAUGGUAAGGAUGAGUGAAUGACACAAGGAUGUUUGGAUGAAAAAUUGCU